AUCUUUUCAAUUUUAUCCAGAUACCGAUUAAAUGUCUAGCUUCCUAUUCUCCUCUAAAAAUGUCAUGGACAUUGUGGUUGGAACUAUCAUCGGCUUUGAAGCAAAGCAUUGUUACUAUUUAGAUCAGUUGUCAGAGGAAAACAUAUUCCAAACUCUUUAUCUUUCAGAGAAUGACAGUUUACCACCUAUAAUGAUUGUAGUCCAGCACACUGUGGAUAACGAUUUUUAUUUAAACGUCGUUUCGGAAGCUGUAGCUGUUGCUCAAAAACACCGUAGACCACCUAUCAUCAUCGUCUUUGCCACCUCUCUCAUCCACUAUGAAGUAAGUAAAUACGUAACUGAACAAACAAUGAUGCCUUUCUUGUGGAAAAUCCUACAUUGUCAUCCUUGGGCAGACGCUUGCUACUUCGUAACGGCUGAAUCUAUCCAUUCCAAUUUGGCAGAGAGUCCAUUGAAUCCAUUUGUUGCAUUAUCUGUAUGUGUAUUUAAUGUGAGCAGUCCACCAUUUCACCUUGAUCCCACAGUAAAGCAGCUUUAUGCCUUGAUGAAGCAAACAUUGCAAGACCAAGCUACCCAACGCCAAGCGGAAGAUAUCAUGCUUGAUUACAAAAGAACCACACAGAAUUUAAAAAUGGUCAUCGCUUUGCUUAACCGAAAUGAAUUGGAUAUCAUUACCAAGAAUAUUGUUCAAAGGCAAAUUAAAGAAGCUAUCUCGAUCAUGGACGUAUGCCAAAAUAAAUACAGGACACCAGGUUCAACAUUAUCUACUGCGGAGGGAGACGUACUGAAUAACAAUUUAACACCAUCGAUUGACAGCAGUCUUAUUAAAAACGUAUCAACACCAUUAGUCAUCCACCCUAUUAAGGAAACGGCAGCACCAACAGCAAAUGAACCUAUUGAAGAAUUAUCAGUACCCAUACUUGCUCCAGUUGUUCAUACACGUGAAGAAAGUUGGAAUUUCGUAAGGGCCUUCAAGGCUAAAUUUGGGAAUCCAGACAAAAACAAAUGGGAAAACCUGUACAAAAUUGGCAAGAGGAAAGGGUACUUCAGUGUUUACAAAAAUUCAAGCUCCAUGAGAGCAGCGUAUUCACGAGCGGAAAGAUACAACAACAUGCGCAUCCAGUAGUCAUUAUAUUCUCUUUUUAUUAUUUUACAAAAAGAUAGCUUUUUUUUAAAAGUAAAUAAAAUAAAAAC